GAAUGCUUCAGAGGGUGGGAUGGAAAAGUAAGUGAAUAUUGACAGCACACAUACUAUGACACCCUUUAACUUGGACAUUGCAUCUCUCGAUCAAAAACUACAUUUACGAGGAACAUCUGAUAUGCUUUCUUUUGUUCAAGUGGCUCCUGAUCUGUCAUUCUUUUUCAAAGGGCAGAAUAUUGUGAGGAAGAAAAUGGCAGAAGCCAGACCUCUGUGAGUUUCGCUGAGAUGAACCUUCGCGCAGAGCUUCUCGAAAGAAUUCAUGCCCGUGGAUAUGAGAGACCAUGGACCAUUCAGCAACGAGUCAUUCCCCUAUGUGUUCAAGGGUCAGACUUGAUCGUCGAAGCUCCAUCCGGAUCAGGCAAAACUGUGGCCUUCAUCAUUGCAGUCUUGCAAAAAAUAAAUAUCUCGACAAGAGAGUGCCAGGCUUUGAUCCUGGCCCCCAAUAGAGAGUUGGCACAAGCCAUCCAACUCGAGUGCAUGUCACUUGGCGAAUCCUUUGGAUCUCAAUGUCAAGCCAGUAUUGGUGGAAUCCCUGUUCUUCAAGAGGUUCAAAAGUUGAAGGCAGGUCCGCAUAUUGUUGUUGGGACACCCGGCCGCGUGAAGCACAUGAUAUUGGCCAAAUAUUUAAAGACUCAAAAUAUUAAAAUGCUGAUUCUUCACCAGGCAGACAGCUUGCUACCGAAUGGUUACAAAGAAGAAAUAUAUGACAUGUUUGAAAGAUUGAACCACGUUCCUAUACAAGUGAUCUUGCUCUCGGCCACAGUGAGCAAUGAGUUGCUGAACCUGGCGGAGAAGUUUAUGCGACAUCCUAUUCAAAUUAGCCACAUGCACGAAUAA